AUGCAGUCCCACGUCGGCCUCGCCCGUGGCCUGCGCCGGAAGGAUGCCUCGACCCCACGCGCGCAGGCGGCGGCGCGCUUGCCGCGCUCCGCGCCCCACGGCGGCGCGCGGCACCCAGGAGUUUCAACGCUGGGCAGGCUUCAGACGGAGGACGCGGUCGCGGCCCGCGCGAGCACGUCCCCCUCCGCCGACAUGCCCAGCGUCUUCCAGGGCGCUGUGCGGACCGGCGGGUCCCUCCUCGAGUCCCUGGUGCGCGAGCGCGCCACCGAAAAGGCUGCACCCAGCCCUACAUGGCGGGCGCCCCGCGGCGCGCAGACUCCGCGCGCCCGCACGAGCAGCCCGCCCAUCUUCCUCGUGGCGGGAUGCAUCGCGCUCGGCGUGUGCAACCGCGUCCUGCACAGGAUGACCCUCGUCCCGAUGGGCGACCACGUGAUCUUCCUGGGCCAGGUCGCGACGACCUCGUACGUGGCGACCUACCUCGUCCUCCUCGCGCUGCGCAAGCGCGCGGGCCGCGUCACGCAAGGCAUGCUGCAGUACCCUAGGCUGUCCAUGUACGCGGUGGGCGUCCUGGAGGCGUCCGGGCUGCUCCUGGGCCUCACGGGCGCGUCGAAGCUCCCCGGGAUCUUCCUCCCGCUCAUCGCGCAGACCAUCAUGGUCUGGCAGGUGCUCCUCGGGCGCUUCAUGCUGCGGCAGCGGUUGCGCGUGCUGCAGCUCGCCGCCGUCGCGCUCGUCAUCACGGGCGUCGGCAUCGCCACCACGCCCGGCGCAGGCAGCGGCGCGAUCCUCGCGGACGUCAACCCGGCGGGCAUCGCGAUCCUGUGCCUGGGCAUGCUCCCCCUGUCGGUCUCGUCCGUGCUCAAGGAGCGCCUGUUCCGCGACUCGGAGCGCGCCCUCGGGCAGCCCAUCGACUGCAUCCUCGUCAACUACCACGGAGCGAUCGCGCAGGCGUGCACCGUGCUCUGCGCACUGCCCUUCUUCCUCGCGCAGACCGGCGCGCAGUUCGGGUCGUACCUCCACGCGGGCUCGGCGUGCCUGGCGGGCGUCGCGACGGGCGCCGUCGAGGCCGGCGCCGCGUGCGUCGGCGCGCCCUUCGUCACGGCCUUCUACGUCACGGUGAACAUCUGCUUCAACCUCGUGCUCCUCAUGACCGUCCGCCGGCUCGGCGCCCUGCGUUCGAGCCUGUGCAUGGCCGUCGUGGUGCCCGUGUCGCUGCUCGCCUUCACGCUCAACCUCCCGCUGCUCGGGCCGAGCCCCGAGCUCGGCGCGCGGUUCUGGUGCGGCGCGAGCGUGCUGGUCGCCGGCGUUGUCGCGUACAACUGGCCCACCGAGGACGCCGCCAAGGAAGCCGCGCCGGCCAGCACCGCCGCGCCGGCGAUCCCGGGCCCCGUGGAACCGCGGCCGUUCGACUCGGUGGACGCGCACGUGCCGCUGGGGCUCGCGGCCGCGGCCGCGGAGCGCCAGGGCUGA